CAUGUGCCUUCACAUGCAUUCCAAUGAAAACACCACUCAAAAUUAAAUUAAUCAAAUCUCCUCUAUUAAUUCCAUCUAAACCAUUGUUGUUAGUAUAAUAUAAUCUCAAAACAACCACUUUUUGACUUCACGUUCAUUCAACAAGCUAUGGAUCUUUGCAAAAGUAGAGCAACAACCACCGUUACUCUCUCAUGUCUCAUCUUCUUCGUCUCUUCAUUCUACACAAUCUCGACCGCGGAAUAUUCAGCCACUAAUCCACUCUCUUACCAACUCCUUCUAUUUACCGCCUUCUUUAUAGCUGCAGCCUUGUCGCUUCUUAUGUUGGUCGCGGCCGCAAGAGCCACCAUGGUCGCUUGGAUAACUGUGCUUGUUCUGUUGGCUUUCUCGGGUACGCGGCGACGCGUUCUGGCACGGAGAGGGAAGACAAUCACCGCGGAUGUGGCGAUGUGCUUGUUCAGGGUUCUGUUUAGAGAGGCAGAUCCUCGCGGUUAGUCUCUUGAUGGUUGGUUAAUUGGUUGGUUGUUCCUUGUUAGAGAGUUUUUUUUUGUAUAUAAACAAACAAAAUAUAUGUCUUUUUGUGAAUGGUUUUCCCUUUUGUAUUUAUUUAUACGGAAUCAAAUUAAAUUUUUGUGUGCU